GUUCUCUGUCUCUGUCUCCACGGGAUUACUAUCUCUCUCUCCGCAACACCCACCGAUUCUCUUCGCAGUUCGCACGCGGCACGCCGCCGAAGCCGGCCAGGCUGCGAUGGGCCCUGCAGUCACGCUCUCCUACUCCGGCGAGACUUCGCUCUUCUAAGGAAGGGGUAAUGGAGGAAGAAGAGGCACCGAAUCUUCCAUUAGACAUCAUGUACCAGAUCCCAAAAUACAUACCCGAUCCAGCCUCACUAGCACGCACUGCUUCGUCCUGCAAGUUAUGGCGCGGUAUCUAAAGGACCCUGCCUUUCUUGAUGCCUCAAGAUGCGGCAUCUCGACCACGGUUUCACCUCUUCCCUCCUCCUUGGUUUCUUCUAUCAGGACAGUGCCGAGGCUCCCUAGCACUGUGGCAGCAUCACAAGGACAGCACUUGUUGCAUGGCACCGACCUUCACACCCACCUCAGAAUUGGUACCAUUCACUGGCCGCAAAGAGGGUUACAAUUCAGCUAGACCGCUGUCCCUUGGCGCUUUUAUUCAGGGUAUUGGUUCAAGCCUCAAUUUUUAUGAGCCCGUUGCAUCCCAGGACAGCUCCUGGUCCUCUGCCGUCACCCAAAAGACACAGAAGGUCAUUCCAGGGCCGAUAUGGUACGCGUCUGCAAUCUUCUCACUGGUGAAGUGUUUCAUCUGCCUGACCUUCCAUACAAACCACCAGACCACUAUGCCUUGAUUGUUGCCGAUGAUAACAGCCUCGAUGGUCGUAUGACCCAAUCCUUCCAGCUGAUUGCCAUUUGGAUCAUCAAAGGAAAGAGCUUCACCUAUGUCUACUACUGUUCAAAGACCAAAGAGUGGUGGAGGCCUGCAGGCUUUCCUGAACUAAUGGCUGGCCUCUACCUAGUGUCAUCCCCAGCUGUUGCUUCCCAUGGUAGGAUCCACUGGCUCUGCGGGUGCUGGAAAAGCUGGUCGCUCAGUCAUGUUGUCUCGCUGCACGUGGACGGACAAGAGCUAUCAUACCUGGAGCUCCCAUCUGAAGUAAAGCGCAACACAACACCGCUGCUAGGGACUUCUGUAGAUGGGGGCCUUCUGUUGCUGCUGAUGAAGGGUCUUCGCAUGACACUAUGGAAGCAUAAAAGUGAACCUGGCAAUGGUAGCGGCAACUGGGUUUGUUCUGAAACGAUCGACAUGACAAGUCCCUUACCAAUGCGGGUGCUAAAGAUGCAUGCCAGUGCGAAGGUCAGACUGGAGAUUUUCCAUGGGAAGAGUGGUAUGCUGGUGCUCUGGAUUGAGGGGGAAGGUCUCUUCUUGUUCAGCCUCAGUGAUAGGUCGAUGAGGAAGAUUGACAAUGAACAUGUUACAAAGAAGCAUCGCUUCUGCCCUUACGAGAUCGAUUGGCUAUCUUGCCUUGCAGUCAUAAACCUUGUCAUUGAUGGUUCGCUACCACUUGAUGCGGGAAGGGAAAAGGCUCAGCGCAGAUGGAGGACUUUGGUGGCAAAGAAUAUACCGAAAAGCAGCAAGGCAUGAGUUAAAUAUGGUCUGCUAGUGGCUUGUCAACAUGGUUUCUAAAUUUCAAUUCCUGUUAACGUUGUACUAUUAUGCUUAUUGUUGUUAUGACUAGUAGUUUGAAAUCAAAUCCAAGUAUUCUCGGUUCAAUUCGAUCCUUUCAGUGUUGUGAUGUGAUGGUAAUAUUCUAAGGCAAGUGUUGCCAUUGUCGUUCC